AUGUUUUUCGAAAUAGAAUAUAUUUUUUUUCUUUUCGUGCAUUGCACUGAGAACAAACAAACUAAUUUUGAGAAUGGGAAUCGAGUGAAUCUAACCUAAAUAGAAACAUAAACCAAUUAAAAUGAGCCCCAAACAAUGUUCCAAGAAAUUCUUUUGCAUUUCCACGGCGGCCGUUCUUUCCUUCGCCGUCCUCAUCUCCCUCAUCCUCCUUUUCGCCCUUAGACCCACCUCCCAUCACCACCAGGCGUCGGAAUCUGGCAUCGUCCCCUCCGGUUUGCCUCCCUCCGUCCGUAAUGCUUGCAAGUUCUCGAAUGACACAGCAGCUUGCGAAUAUGCAAUCGCUAGCUCCGGGCAGUUGCCCAAGGACCCGACGGCGCUGCAGAUCAUCGAGGCCGUCGUUGGCGUAUCUUCCAAAAACCUCACGACGGCCAAAUCCAUGGUGGACGAUAUCUUGAAGGAGUCCGUGGGCAACCUGAACCGGUCAGUCACGGCCAAAACGUGUCUCGAAACGUUCGGAUACGCGGAAAAUCGGAUGAGAUCUGUGGAGAAAGCUCUCCGGGGUGGGGAGAUCAAGGACGCCCGGGCGUGGAUGAGCGCCGUCGUCGGGUACCAAUACGGCUGCUGGUCGUCGCUCAAGCGCGUGAACGACACCGAGAAGGUGAACACCGCGAUGGCGUUCAUGUGGUCGCUCCUCGGACUGACCAGCGACGCGCUGGGCAUGUUGGUGAACUACGACCGCAUCGGGAAUGAAACCGGGUCGUGGCGGCUGCCGGAAACAGAGCGUGACGGCUUCUGGGAGAAGGACGGCAGAUCCGGGUCCGGGUCGGCAACCGGCGGAGGAGUUCCCAGUGGGUUGAUCCCGAACGUGACGGUGUGCCUCCAAAAGAGCGGCUGCCACUACCAGAAAGUGCAGGACGCCGUGAACGCCGCGCCGGAUUUCAUCUCGGCGGGGAAGUUUGUGAUUCAGAUAAAGGCGGGAGUUUACGAGGAGAUCGUUCGGGUGCCGUUUAAUAAAACGAAUGUGGUGUUUUUAGGGGAAGGCAUGGGCAAAACUGUCAUUACAGGAAACUUGAGUGUGGGUCUCCCUCCUUUCAACACCACAUACCACUCCGCCACCGUUGCUGUGGUAGGGGACGGAUUCAUGGCCAGGGAUCUGACCAUCCGAAACACCGCACCCGCCGGAGCUCACCAAGCCGUUGCCUUCCGAUCAGACAGCGAUCAUUCCAUUGUAGAAAGCUGCGAGUUCCUGGGCAACCAAGACACUCUCUGCGCCAACUCUCUUCGCCAGUACUACAAGUCCUGCCGCAUCCAAGGCAACGUCGACUUCAUCUUCGGGAGCGGGGCGGCCGUCUUCCAUGACUGUCGAAUAUUCGUGACCCCCCGGCAGGAAGAUCCGGAAAAGCCGGCGGACAAUGCUGUGACGGCACACGGUAGGAUUUACCCCGGCCAGUCGACCGGCUUUGUCUUUCAAAACUGCACCGUCAACGGGACCGAGGAGUACAUGGAAUUGUUCCGCAAGAGUCCGGAUUCGUUCAACGCAACGUAUCUGGGGAGGCCAUGGAAGGAAUACUCGAGGACGGUGUUUAUACAGUGUACGCUGGAGGGUCUUGUUUCUCCGGCGGGGUGGAUGCCGUGGGACGGGGAGUUUGCGUUGGAGACGAUUUACUAUGGGGAGUUAAAUAAUACUGGCGCCGGAGCUGGCACGGCGGAACGGGUGAAAUGGAGUAGCCGGAUUCCGGCAGAGCAUGUCCACUCCUACUCUCUUGACAACUUCAUUCAAGGUCAUCUAUGGAUCCCAUUAUCUCAAUGAUUAAAUUUGUGAAGAAAGCUUAGAGGCUUUU